AUGGCAAACGAUAUGCUGAGGUUCACGGACGUCCCGGAUGAGCCUUUGUUCCAAGAGCAUAGCGAGAUGGAAGCGGGAAACCCUUCAUAUUUCCCAGCCCUCGUUCCCUCCAAGCUCAAACCCUCUCUCAGAACCACCUUUUUCCCCCCCAAGCUCCUCAGCAUCCCCGAGUCCAGCCAAAUCCCCCUCACCCCUCCCCUACCUCUCCGCCCCACGCGGAAGUCCCUAGCUAAUGCCUCAUGGAUGGAAGACGACUUCGUGCCUCAACCUUCUUUCGCACACCGAUUGUCGAGAGCAUGGCAAGUCGUGUUCCCUACGCGAAGGAAGGGACCAAGUGUUGCGGAGGUGGCAAAGGAGAGAUUGCGUUUAGUUCUCUACAGCGACCGCGAGGAAUUCCAUCCUAGGUUAAAGAAGAAGCUGUGCGGAGACAUCGUGACCGCCAUGGGCGAUUUCUUGGACGUCGCUGUGGAGGACGAAGAUGACGUGAUUUUCAGAGUCACAAGGGACCCGGUGGUGGGGUCGAUUUACAACGUCAGCGUGCCGGUGAAACGGGUGAAGCCAGCUCUUCAAAAGGCAUCAUAA